AUUCUUUAAAGUAACAACAUUGGGACAACCGUCGUCCUGAGCUACACACAAGCCCGCAAAAAUAUACCUGAAGCAGAAGCAAUGCAUAACUGCGCUUACUCGUGCAAUUUGUAACAAAAUAACAAAAUUUUCCUUGUUCACCCAUUUCUAACGGCAUAUUCGUAUUAGAGGCUCACCAUGAACCGUUCAGAUACGAUACCCAUACGACGAGAUCGCUCCUUUGACAGCGUUCUCAAUCGUUUGCUGCGAAUGCGUUCCCAGAAUCAUGAGAGUUUUCGAGCAGCCAUGUACAACUUUCUGAUCGCAGCAGGCGUCGCUGCAUUCGUGGCCGUUUGCUUCAUCCUAGGCCCAUUUGUGCGUCCGUUGCUUUGGGCCUUCUUGAUGGGCGCAGUGCUGUUUCCUUUCAAGCGUAAGUUGGCAGAGCUGCUAAACAAUUGGUUCCAGCGUUUAGAGGAACGUGACUCGAAUGUCUUGGUCUCAAUUUGCCUGGCGCCGCUGGAGGCCACAGAGCAUUGUGGUCGCAUGUUGAUCAAUUGGCUGUGCCAACACUGGCAACUUCUGCUCUCCGGCUGCGGCGUUGCUAUCUGCAUUAAACUGCUGGUGCUGUACGCACCCAAGGGUUUUCUGCUGGCUCUCUGGCAUUGGUUGACCUUCUCCCAUGGUCUGUUCGUAAGCAUCAUUGGCUUCCUCAAUGUAUAUUUGCUGCUUGUCUUAAUUGUCAUCUACUUAACAUCGGUGCAUUUCUUUUGGACGCCCGAGAAGAGCGCACAUUUCGUCAUCGCUGGCCAGUCCAUGUGGGUGGCCAUUGCUGGCUUUCUGUGCAGCUUCCUUGGCGCCUUGCAAGUGCCCGUCUUUCUUCUGGUUAUGGCCUAUGUUGUGGUCUCUACAAUUUAUCAUCUGCAGACGAGCGAUGAAAUGGAUUCGAGUACGUUGCUGGAGCGCGUAAACAAGCUGUUCGACAAGCAGGACUUUGAGAAAUCACUGAGCAACAUUAGCAUCUGUCGGAGAGCUGGUGGCGAGGCCACUUUGCAGUCGGAUGUGGAAGACAUUUCGCUGAGCGAUACCAUCGAUUCCACAGACACUUUCGAAGCGGCCAAGCCAGUGGGCGAGGAAGAAACUCAUCAGAGUGAUACGUUCUUUAAGCUAUUGUUUUAUGCUUGCCUUGGCACGUUUUUGUACCGAAACAUUUGGAUGUUUAUACUGGCGGCAGUGCCGGUCUUUCUGCAUCUGCUCUACACCGUGGGCAGCUACACGGGCAUCACGCAGUUUGUCUGCAGCAAGAUUAGCGAGGGAUAUCAAGGACUUAGAUCUUGGGCCCUGGAGCAUCAUUCGGCGGUGCUGCCUUUGUGUUUGCCUGGCGUGUUGGAGUUGAACUAUAAGAUCAAUUGCAUUGUGCGCGAUUCGCUGAAGUCAUCGGUAGAGUCGGUCACAUCCAUACUCAUGAUCAUACUCAUGUUGCUCAUCAUCAUAUUCCUGAGUGUUUUCUUUUGCGUCAACAUCUAUUCAGAGACCAUUGAGGUGGCAUAUUUGGGCAAAGAUCUAAUUAACAAGACAAUCACAGAUCGUCCUGAGCUAAUUGAUAUUCUGCCCGCCAAUAUACAAGCGUCCAUCGAUGAUGCGCUCGACAAUGCGCACCAUUAUGGACGACGUAAGAUCGAGACCUAUAUCGAUGAUUGGCUAGCGGAUGCGGACAAAGUGCAUGCCACCAAGCUCAAGGAGCAAAUCCUUGAUGUCUGGGAUCGUCUCAUACAAUACUGGAUUGAUUUUAACAAGGCAGGCACCUCGUAUGGUCCUCGCGUACCCACGGACGCCUUGAAGAGCACCUUUGGCGAGAUUGUCGAUAAUCCAGGACAUUUUAAAGAGCUAGUUUUAGUGGCAAAACAGGGCAUCAUUGGCUGGGCUCAGAGCAAUACGCAAACCAUUCUGGAGGUCGCUGAAUCCCUUUGGCACAUCAUACGUACGAACAUCUCGGUGAUUAUGGGCGUCGCUGGCGAGAUUCUCUCGCUGCUGCUGUCGGGCGGACAGGCGUGCAUUGAAUUCAUACUGGACAUGAUUGUUUUCUUUACUGCACUGUUCUAUCUGCUGUCCAGCAGUCAGGAGAAAUAUGCUCCGCUGCAAAUCACCAAAUAUAUGGGCUACUCGACCUCGGGCAUUAAGGUCGCCGAUGCGCUGGAGAACUCCAUUACCGUCGUGCUCAUCUCCAUGUUCAAAUGCGCCACUUUUACGGGUCUCUUCACUUGGCUGGUGCACACGGUCUUUGGAGCACGCAUUGUCUUUCUGCCCUCCGCAUUGGCUGCGAUGCUGGCAGCUGCUCCUUUCUUGGGCAGCUACUGGUGUGCGGUGCCAGCGUUUCUGGAGCUGUGGCUGGCCCAGGAUCGCUUUUAUGCGGGCGUACUCCUCUUUUUACUGCAAUUCUUUGUGCCAUCCUCUUUUGAGACAGCCAUCUAUGCGGAUCUGAAAGGUGGCGGACAUCCAUAUCUUAAUGGUCUGGCCAUUGCCGGUGGCAUGUAUUGGAUUGGCUGGCAAGGUGCCAUCUUUGGGCCACUCAUGCUGUGCUUCUUCAUUGGCCUCUUCGAGGUAGCCACUUUGGCGAUGCGCAACAAUCAGGAGCCCAGGCGCAGUUCGGAUGAGGAGACGCGCACCACACAAUUAACCGAUGUGAUAAACGAAGAAGUAAUCGAAAAAGAAAAACCCGAAAAUGUUGUUGACGCUCCGCUGAAACGAGACGAGGAAAAGAGCGUAGGAAAACCUGUUGUACUGAAAAUUAUUACCCACUUUCUUCAUCCCUCGGAGGCAACAAAAAACAGUUGAAAUAAAUGUUGUUCU